AUGAAUCAGUCAAUUGCCUCUUUGAUCAGAUUGAAACUAUUCCAGGAUUCAACAGCAAAUGAAGCGACAUCAUCAGGGAAGUACGAAAGGUUAGCUAGUGAAGAUUCUUCAAUUGCCGAUGCUUCUAAGGGCCCAGAUAUGGGAAACAAAGAGGGUCCUAAAUUGGCUAAGACAACGAGAAGGGAUUCAGUCUGUUCAAAUAAACAAAAUUCCUCAAGAGAAUACUUUGAGGACAAAAAAGGCGGCAAUGAAGAGCCUUUAGCACCAGCAGAUAUAGAGACAAAGCUUCAUGAAACAGAAAAGACUGAGCAGGUCGGUGCCACUAGGAUUAAGGAGCAUGGAAGAUUAAGAAGAAUCCGAAAUAGGAUGAAUAUUUUAGAUAGAAAUUUUAGGUCGGAAAACAAAGCAAACCAAGUGAUUGUCUCUCCUAAUGAUUUAAUGACGGAGAUUUCAUCCAAUAAUCAUAAUAUUAACAAUAACAGUGCGAGUGAUGGCGAAACUAAAGAGGUAGAGCAUGAUAGGUUUCUCAAAAACUUCAGAAGGUUUACCAACAGCAGAAAAAGUUCAGCGGCCAAGACGGAGUCUAUUUCAACAUCCACGUCACCUAACCUGGAUAAGUCAAAGACUGAGUCAUCCAACAGCUUUAGACAUUCCUCAGGGCCUCAUGAAUUUUCCUCUCCUCAGAGGAAAGAAAAGGGUACAUCUCCUGUGUUACCAAUUCGUUCCUCUGUUUCUAUUUCAUCCAUGGCGACCAAACAGAAAUUUCCAAAUGGAUCUUCUAAGGUGUCCUCAGCAGCUACAGUCAUUCCUAAUAGAUCCAUCUCCACCGGAACAUCUAGCACUAUUAAUGAUGAUAACAGAAGUCACACAAUAGAUCAAAAACUUAGUAGACAACGGCAGAGGGGAAUUGGACGGAGACGAAGCAAAACAGUCGACGCCUCUGAUUAUGAAAGAAAACGUGACAAUAGUAGUCAAUUCUCUUCAAUCGCUGAAGUACAUCCACUCCCUUCAACCGUACGUUCCUCGAACCAAACAAGAUCACAUAGUAAUUCACUUUCAGGAAAAAUACCUUUUUCCCCAUCUCUAGGUCAAGCAGGGAGGUCUCCGAGGUCUUCGUCUGGAUCUAUGAACCGACCACAAUUUGGAGUACCUCCCCCAAUUAAACCCAUUACUGCAAGGAGGAGUAGCUCGAUUGUAAAUGCCCUAUCCAGUUUUGUUAAUUUAAGAUCGACCAGUGUAGGCUCAUCGAUGAAGCAACCGCCACUGACAACUCCGAACGUGAGGUCAUUGACUGAUUUACCACCUCCACCCGAAUGUGAUGAGGAUGAAACAUAUACUAAUUACUUGAAGAAGCUUGUACCAUAUGGGAAGUUCCUAGGUGUCAUUUUGACAGAGAAGGAUGAAAAUUAUAAGAAAAAAUGUCUCAAUUUCUAUCUCUCUAAUUAUUUUGAUUUUAGAGAAGAUCCUUUAGAUAUUUCACUGAGGAAAUUACUGAUGUUUUUGGAACUCCCGAAGGAAUCACAACAAAUCGAUAGACUACUAACAGAAUUUAGCAGAGUUUACUACAGGGUACAGCGGGAGACCAACAAAAAGCGCUGUAGUUGGGUAGAUGAGAAUCAGGUUUAUUUUGUUACCUUUUCGUUACUGAUGUUACACACAGAUUAUUUCAAUUCUAACAACAAAAACAAAAUGGAUAAGAAUGACUUCACGCGUUUGAUUCAUGAAGAUACCGACUCACACGGGAAUAAAUUACCUUUAGAAAUCUUAUCUUAUUAUUACGAAAAUAUUAUAUCGAAAGAAUCUCCUAAGUUCGAUUUUUCGGGACUGCUAAUAGGUUUUCAAACAGAUGAGGAACAACCUUCAAAUUCGACAUCAACAUCAGUUUCGGGCUCGGAUUCAGAUUCGGAUUCAGUUUCAAAAUCAUCGAGUCAAAGUAUACAGAUAUAUUCUCCCGUAGAAAUGAUAAGGAACAAAAUACUGACUCCUUAUGAGCUCCAUCAGUCGGUAGUACCGCCAAUACAAUUAUCUUCAACAACAAGACCACCAUCAACUUCUAUAUCUUCUUAUUUUUCCACACAAUCAUCAACUGCAAGCAGUAACCCUUCCGUACUUCAAGACGAUAUCGACAUAUACUCACACAUAGCAUCGAAUACCAUUUCUGAAUGUAAUAUGCGUGCCGAGGUAGCAAAGUUUUGUCCCGGUAACAGGUUCCAUGCAAGAAAUGUAGUGAAUGACUUUAAUCACAAGUAUGAUAAAUGUUUUUCAGUUCUCAAGGACGUAAAAGGUGGAUACCUUCGCAUUUCUAAAUCCCAAACAAGUAGACUAAUGACGCAAGCGAUCCACAUAAUGAAUGAAUCACCUGAAGAGGAUCAUUAUUUUUUGAAAAUCAUUCAGAUGGGAGAAAUCUAUGAAUUUUACACCAACAAGAAGCUAAUAUUUGCCAAUAAAAAUGAAUGGAAAUUUAAGUUCGGAAUUCUUACCACUGCAGGAAUUAUACUUGUUGACAAGAAAGGAACUGAUCUUGGUGAACCGGAGGUUAUCGUAGACGAAAAAAGCGGUUACAGCAAUUAUAUCUUGGACUUUAAAAGCGUUAGCAGUGCUAUUCAUAUACCUUACAAUGGAAUUUUUGCUGUUAAGCGUAUUAAUGAAUUUUGUAAAAAUGGGUUUGUUGGUGUCACUGAAGAUGAUAACGAGGCCAUUGACUUUGACGCCCUAACAGAUGCUGACCAAGACAGUGUUUUAUAUUUGGUGGGACCUCAAGGAAAAUAUAUAUGGAAGUGUCGAAAUGAAUCGGAACGUGAUACUUGGAUUGAUUCAAUUAACCUUAUGGCAACUUUUGAUACAUGUUUUUUUGAAUUUGGAUGCUUGACAAAUACAGUGGUCUGUUCAAGAAAACUGGAAAUCAAAGAGAAAUAUGAUAAGCUUAUGGAGGGCAAGAUUACAAAACUAAAAAAACUAGUAGAGUUGAAGAGGAUAGCAACCUUGUAUGAACAGACAGUUCCGAUAACUCUAAAAACAAAAAUUGACAUGAUCCGAUGGAUUAAAUUAUUGGCCGUAAAGAUGGAUUGGCUGGUCUAUGAAAUAAAAAGAAACCAAAUAUAUAUUUCCAUCAUGGAAGAAAUUAAUGAUGCUCACGAGAACAUUCUUGACGAUUCACCAGCGAAAGUGAGUAAAGAAACUGGAAGUAUAGUAGAUUCAAUUGAAGAAAGUUUUUUGUUUAACGACCCAAGCCUAGAUACAUGUGUUCCAGAAAUAGAAUCUAUUACUCCCAGUCAAAGCUCAGCCAACGAUAUUGCUGAAUAUCUAAAUCCUUAA